GUCAGUGCCUGAAUCUCUGUCACCAUUAGGCAAAACUUCAAAUGCCUGCUCCGAAGCAGAUAGAUGCCCGCUCGUCCUUCUCAUUCACGUCGUUCACUCCAGUUGAUGUUAUUUCCAUGGUUCUCUCAUUCAUCCAAACCUAUUCAAGUCAGGUCCCAUUGGUCGGUAAAUAGCCAAAACAACCGGUCAUACAUACAGUCUCUCCGGCUCAUCGCGUAAAUGCUCUCCUGACAUAGCCAGCCAAUCCCCACUCCCUUGACCGAAAGCUUCCCUCCACGGCAACCUGCAAUUUUUCGCCAUCUCAUCCGCCCAUGUCACUCUGGCUUAUCAUCCGUAACUCCCUCUCCAGUUGGCCACUUGGCCCAAAGCACACCAAGCCCCAUCCGGCUGCCUGAUCUAUCUUCUUGUCUCGUCUUCCGGUCGUUCUGCCGUACCGUAAUACGCCAUCCGCUCAAAGUUCCAUCGCAUGCACCACGCACGAACUGCCCAUUUAGCCUCAAUAUCAGUUCGUUAUUUUGACCCGAUCUCCUCUCAAUUGGUCUUCAGAACCCAUUUGCUAUCUCUUUGACGUUCGUUUAGGAAAUCCAUAUUGGCCGCACCGUGUAAUUCCGCGCCCUUUCGAGAAGGCUUGCUUGCACGGGUGAGUCUGCCUGUACUAGCAGGUUCCUCACUCCCUUCCCCUCAUAUUUGUCUCUAUUGUAUCUCAAGUGAUCGUCCAUGGCGGUCAUGAUCAUCAAACCCCAGUGGCGUUUCCGUCAUGGUUAUCACAUCAAGCCAAAUGACCAGAUUGGUCGCAACCGUUCUUCCACUGUUGACAAAACACAUACGCAAUCUGCCAGAUGCAUUCUUCCGCCUUGGCAACCUUCGGCGUCUGGGUCAUCAUAUGGGCGUACCGGCUCUGCUCUCGCCUCGUGCCACAAUCAUCUUGAGCCAAUGUUAUUGCCUUCAGAGCUGCUCUCGAAUCUUCUGCUUGUUGUCUGGCAUCGCCAAGAAUGACUAACCGAAAACAACGAUAUCUUGUGUCUGCUAUUGCAUUUGCCCACCUUUCUCUCCUGGUCGGUUACCUGCUAUUUCCAUUUUCCAUUAUAUCCUCUUUCGUCACAACCGAAGCUACUUUUUUAGGAAGUCAUCCUCCGAGUACUUGCUACAUGAUGUAUGCAACGAUUAUCAGCAUGGCUACCCUUAAAGACGUGUUACUCCCGAUGAAAAUUUCAUGAUUCGUCCGUCGGUGUGGACUCUGACAUUUCCUUGCCUGAUCGGAUGCCUGGAUCAACAUCAUGCGCUGGCCAACCGCAACCCUCAGUGCUGUGACACUCACAAGCUUCGCUACUGCCCAGGGGCAGUCAUCGUACUGCGAUAGCCUAGGCCGUUGUUUCGCUUCGUAUACGAACGAUGGUGGCAUUACGUAUGGAAUCGCUAUUCCCAACGGAGCCACUCCAGGCCAGCCAUACGAUGCUAUUCUUCAAGUUACCGCACCUGUAGAGGUUGGCUGGGCUGGAUUGGCCUGGGGAGGCUCUAUGACAUACAAUCCCCUGACUAUUGUGUGGGUAAACGGCGACGAUGUGGUUGUCUCAUCCCGGAUAGCCUUCGGCUACUUUACCCCUCCGCCUUAUGAGGACGCCGAGUACACCGUUCUCCCCGGCACCGUCGUCAACACCACUCACUUCUCGGUCACGGCUCUGUGCAAGGGAUGCACAUACUGGGCGCCAUUCGGCAACGACCCGACAUCCCUGGACCCCAACGGAGAGAACUACCUGGCCUUCGCUUACUCGGGCGUGCCCGUCGACGACCCCGCGGCCAAUGACACCACCUUCGGCAUUCACGAGCGUGUGGGACACUGGAUGCACAACUUCGAGCCCGCACAAGCUCCCGAAUUUGAACUCUGGGCUGGCGGUGAUGCCGGAAACGGCCCUCCAUUUAGCACAGUGACGCAGACCACGUUGUUGACGACCUUCUCAACAUCGACAUUCCGUAGCACCACCACUUUACAGACCACCGUCACCAGUACAGGCUUCCCUCCCGCUGGCAGCACCACUACUACGGCCUCAACUUCGCGUCCCACGGCGACCCCAACCUCGUCUGCCGCCGCGUCCAGUGUUCCCGUGCUGCCCAUCCCUAGUUCGUGCUCGGGCGUAAACCCCUUCAGAUUCGGAUAUCAAACUGCCAGUGGCUGGAGAGCCGUCAAGUUGGCGGGGUCUCUCACCGGCCCUCGAGGUGUAGCGGUCGACUCAGAAGGCAACUUGCUCGUCGUACAGUCCGGCAAAGGUGUCACGAUUCACACCUUUGGGUCCGAUGGCUGUGUUUUGUCAUCAAAGACGCUGAUCAGCAAUCCCUCGCUUAACCAUGGAAUCGGCUUCACGCCAGAUGGUAAGACGCUGUAUGUCAGUUCCAUGACUACAGCAUGGUCAUACGUUUACGACGCAAAGGCACAGACAGUUGGUGGGCAGACCGUUGUGGUCAAGAACAUGCAACAGGGAGGUCACCCGACACGCGCCCUGCUUAUCCCGCCGGCGACGCCGCAUCUCCUCGUCAUACAGCAGGGGUCGUAUAACAACUUUGACUACGAGUCCCUCAACAAGGCUGUGGCCCGCGCCGUGGUCAAGGUCUUCGACAUGCGCAGCGUCCCUUCUGGUGGUUAUGCCUAUGCCUCUCAAGGAUGGCUUCUGGGUUACGGUCUGCGUAACGAAGUUGCUCUUGCGGCCGACGGAAACAAUGCCAUCUGGGGCGUAGAAAACAGCGGCGACGACUUCACCCGCACAGUCAACGGUCAGAGCUACGACAUCCAUAACGACAACCCUGCUGAGGAACUCAACUUGCUUGGCGACCCUUCCAAGCCAAACGAGCAGUGGUAUGGUUACCCGACUUGCUUCUCCGUUUGGGAACCUUCCGUCAUCACCGACAAGAGCUUUACCGUCGGCCAGCAAUUCGUCGUCGCUCCCAACAGUACCUUCAACGACGACACUUGCACUCAGCGGUCUGUUGCUCCAAGACUCUCGAUCCAAGCUCACAGCGCCCCCAUCGGCGCCGCUUUUGACAAGACUUUCCAGAAUCUCUACAUGACACUACACGGAUCUUGGAACAGGUCACCUGCAACGGGCUUCAAGGUCUCAUCGAUUCCGUUUACCAGACUCCCAAAUGGAAACUACGACCCCGUUGCGGCGGCGAACUCCAAAACCGGUUACACAGAUAUCUUUUGGAGCACCAAUGUUGGUAGCUGUACAGGCUCGACUUGCUUUCGCCCUUCUGGCAUCACCUGGGACCGCUCCUUCUCAAGGUUGUUCGUCGCCAGUGACAACACUGCUGAAGGGGAACUGUUCAUGCUCGUCAAGUCUUGAGUCUUGCUUCCACUGCCUUGUUCAGGGCACAACAAAGCUGUUGUUUUGCUCUCUACUGUUGCGGUUACUUGCAACUGAGCGACCAACCUGGCGAUAGUAACACGAAUUGCAGUUGUAGUUGAAUAAGUUAUAUGGCAUGUGAAAUUCCGC